CAAUACGACUCGCGGUGUUUUUUUCGACUUUAUUUUCGCGCUCUGCCAACGUUUCGCGUGUUUUAUUACCGCCGCUGCCCUUUCUAUCCCGGCUUUCAACUAAAAUUUUUCAAAUCUCAACAACAAAGCACUCAAGCAACGGCAGCAAAAACAGCAAGCAAAAUGUCGGAGCCGGCGUCCGUUUGUCACAAGUGCAAUGAGGUCAUCGAGCAGCGCAUCAUCACGGCGCUGGGAAAGACCUGGCAUCCGGAGCACUUCGCCUGCAAGGACUGCCACCGGCCCAUCUCGGAGGCCACCUUUAACAUCCAGGCCGAGGAGCCAGUCUGCUCCGACUGCUUCGUGAAGAACUACUCGGGCACCUGCUUCGGCUGCAAGCAGCCCAUCUUGGAGCGCACCAUCAAGGCCAUGGAGCAGUCGUGGCACGAGGAGUGCUUCGUGUGCAACGGUCCCUGCAAGAAGCCGCUGGUGGGCACCUCCUUCUACGAGCGGGACGGACAUCCCUACUGCCGGGUGGACUUCGAGCAGCUCUUCGCCGCCCGCUGCGCCGGAUGUGGUCAGCCAAUCACGGAGAACGCGAUCGUGGCCCUCAACGCCAAGUGGCAUCGCGACUGCUUCAAGUGCAAGAAAUGCGGCUCUCCCAUCACGGCCAGUACCUUCGCUGUGGAGGACAACAAGCCAUUGUGCACGGCCUGCUCCGGCUAGAAAUCCGGAUUUGGACCCGUACCCUAAUCCAAAUUGUUGAACCCAUCCCCGAGAACACAAGAACAGAGCCGAACGAAAGGAAGCAAGGUCGUGAUAAUGUGCAAAUGGAAAUUCCAAUCCACUGGAGGAGGGAAAAAGA